CCUUUGCGGCGAUGGCGGAGAAGUUCGACUCCCUGGAGGAGCACCUCGAGAAGUUUGUGGAGAACAUCCGGCAGCUGGGCAUCAUCGUCAGCGACUUCCAGCCCAGCAGCCAGGCGGUCCUCAACCAGAAACUGAAUUUUAUGGUUACUGGCUUGCAAGAUAUUGACAAGUGUCGACAGCAACUUCAUGAUAUCAGUGUGCCUCUGGAAGUCUUUGAGUACAUAGAUCAAGGCCGCAACCCCCAACUAUAUACUAAAGAAUGUUUGGAAAGGGCUCUGGCUAAAAAUGAGCAGGUGAAAGGUAAAAUCGAUACCAUGAAGAAAUUCAAAAGCCUGUUGAUUCAAGAGCUGACAAAAGUGUUCCCGGAGGACAUGGCCAAGUACAAAGCUAUUCGAGGUGAAGAUCCUUCUCCUUGAGAGUUAAUUACGUUUUCCAUUAUCGCACUUUCUUUUUUGGGAACUACAGAUAGGCUAUUGUGACAAUAUUGACUUGCCCAGAAGAAUGAAGAAAUCAAACUUUUCUGCUUGGCGAUGUUAUGCUAAACAUUUUGUUCCUUGGCCAGAAAGCAGGCUGAUUCCCGUGGUGGCUAAUGGCUUUAAGACUCUUGGUUU